AGACACAGCACAGUUCACAGUGCAGACGCAUCUUAACGCAGUGAGAUAGCGAUACGAAUGAGAGAUAGCGGGUGUUUCGAGCAGGUAGAGAUGGGCCCUAAGCCCAUAAGGGUGUACAGGAAAAAGAGAAGGAAAUCAUCCCACGGGAACAGUCGAGACGGAGCAAGCGUCGGGGUGACUGUUACUAUUUCUGUCCCUCUAAAAAUGUUGGCCAAAAUGACAUCGAACGGUGAAAAAUGCGGUAUAAGUUCCUUACUUCCCAUAUCCUGUCGCGGAAGGGCUGAAGCCUUCGCCAGAAGUUUGCACACACGACUGAAGAAUCUCGGAUCACAUAACGAAAAUAACACGGAUGAAAGUAGUUGGCUGGCAGCACACGAAAAUUCUAUCGCCACAUCGCAACCUAGACAAGUUCUCGAUUUUUGCUUGUUUGAACCCACAGGAAGCCCCGAAGAUCCUGAAAUAGAAAUAGAGGAGAAAGAUAUAAAUAGACGGCUAAAUGGAGAUAGCCUACUUGAUUCAGGAAAUGAUGAUUGCCUGAGACCUUCCGCCAAAAACCUAAAAUGCAGCUCAGACAGCGACAGCGACGUAUUCUAUGACAUAGAAAACGAUUCAGAACAAGAAUAUAGACUAGAAAACGGUAACACAGAAGAAGGUAAUCUAAAGAACGGAACAAACUCGGAAGUCAGCAAAAUUCAUCUUGAAGCGCCACUACCAGAAAAACAAGCAAAUAGAAUAAACUCGGAAGUCAGCAAAAGUGAACUGGAAGAGGUACAAUUGAAUGAAAUAAAUCAAGAAGCGCAUGAAACAAAUGAAAAUGGGACAAACGAAUCAGCUGGAGAUGGGGGAGGAGAAAAAGGAGGGGGAACCGAAUCACCUGAAUCAUAUGAUGAAGUUACUGAAAGACUAAACGGCUCAUCGACCCAGGAAGAAUUUCACUCGUUAACAGAUGAUGUGAGCGACAAGCUGUCAAGCCUUAGUUUGAGAGAUGAAGACUGCAAUUCUGAUAGUGUAGAUGUAACGAAUGAAAAACCGUGUGAUAUUGAAGGUAAGGAUAGGAAAGAAGACUGCUCAGAAAGUUCAACGGCUCAACAGUCAACUACGGAGAUAAGGGUUAAUGGAAGUCCUGCGGAGGAGAAAGAAAGAGAUAGUAGUGAAGAAGAUGAAGAUAGACCUCGAGUAAGAAGAUGCUCAUCGCUGAAAACUGGGAAAACGCCGCCUGGAACACCAGGUCGGAAGAAAAUAGUCAGAUUUGCAGAUGCCUUGGGCCUAGACCUCGCAGACGUGCGAACUUUCCUCGAUGAGAUUCCAAAGGUACCAACGUCAGCUUACGAAGAUCUGAGUGUUGACCUGACUGACUCACCCUCAGACACCAGUCUCGACAACAAAUUAUCCUAUCCAAAACCAGAGAAAGUGCUGAUGCCUCUCUUUCAACAACCUGGAGGUCUUUCCAACUUUCUGGACUUGGUUAGGGACAAUUUCGUGUGUUUGGAAAAUGCCAUUGUCGACGAUCCUUUUCUUUUGACGAUAAAAGGGUUUGUGCGGGUGCGGAAUCUGGACUUCCACAAGUCUGUAUAUGUGAGGUACACCUUGAACUCCUGGAAGUCGUAUGCUGACGUACAGGCAACCUACGUAGCGAACUCCUGCGACGGGUUCUCAGAUAAAUUCUCAUUUGUGAUCUACGCACACUCGCUGUCUGUAGGGCAAAGGUUGGAGUUGGCAUGUCGGUUCCAGUGUAAAGGGUGCCAGUAUUGGGACAAUAACAACGGCAGAAACUACUGCUUUCAGUGCCUACCUGUCAUCAACCAUACCUCCACGACACCAAUCACGACUGGUCUGGACUGGGGCAAUACAGCCAGCUUUUACUAGUUGUAAUAGGAUGAGCCAUGAAUAGAAUGUACUUCUGCAUUUCUGAGUUCGUUACUAUGGCAAUUUUCUGAACCUUGGAGUUACGUAGCUAAAGUGCCUUGACUCACUUAACCAGCGCACUAAACCUUAAUGUUAGCGUAGGGAUAGUACUUUUGGAGGACCCCUCGUAUACGUGCAUGUGAUUGAUAAACGGUUGCCAAAUAUCAAAUUUGACCUUCACGAUAUUUGGCGAAGGUUGCGCAUGCCUGCCGACCGUAGAAAGCUUCUAACCUAGGUGUGUGUCUAGCCAAGAUGGCGGCGAUGAAACUCUUACCGACGAAACUCACCUUCAAAUCACAACUCCAGAUAUCCAGGACUACAUUUUGAGUUGUCUGCCUGUCCAGGAAGUUAACGCGAAGCAAUAUAGCAAGAAGACGGACCUCGUUGGUGUUUUGUUUAUUUUAUUACUCUCUAUUUUGUUUUUGUAUGUACAGAAGUCAAUAUAUUUUACGAAGUAGUAUUUUUAUAAAGAAAAUGAAUUGGUGACUAUAAUUGACAUGUCACUCGUAAGUUUUCGCAAAACGUGUGGAUGCUGUUAUCGAUUGCAGUCAAGUUCCGAAAUGGUAGUAGGAUAAUUUGUAAUGAUAGUAUCCAAAUACGGCGUUCCAUCCUUCCAUCUAAUAUAUAAAAAAUAAUGUUUUAUUUACCCUCAAUAAAUCUGUGCUUCAAAAGCAGUGCAUAGUAUAUAAGAGUUCAUGCACAGAGCAGGUAGUUGAACUAUAGGUGACUGUCAGCUGUCGCAAAUGCUUAAAUUUCAGUCCGAAGAUACUUGUUGAUCACAGGCUGUAAAAUAAAGAAAAUUGGUGAGUGCUGUUGUCCCAUAAUAUUGUUUCAAUUUUUUCCGCUAAGCACGAAUCUGAUUUCAUACUUGGAGUUAGAUAUAGAAAUAUGAAUCGAAUCCCAGUUCUGACUUCAGAUUCGUAUUCAGCAAGAAAAAGUAGAUGAGAAUAUAUAGCGGGACCUCCAGCGCAUACCACUUUUGUAUUUUGUGGACCUGAGGUAGAGUGUAUUGUUGUCAGCAUCAAGUUGAAACUGAAAUGUUUUUAAAGUAUGUAUGUGUGUGGUGCCGUGGCUAUCACAAUGCAGGCAGCAAUGUACUUUACCAUUAUUAAUAUGUAUUUGUUGGUUGAGUACUUGUAACUGAAAUAAAGUGAGGGUAGUACUAGGUAAACAUCCUUCUUUGUUAACUAAUCAAGGUCACCUGACGUAACUCAGGUCAUAGCAAAUUUUAAUAGGGGUGGACGUCGAUGUUAUAGGUCAUUCAAAGUUUCAUUAAUAUGGUACUUUAGUUCCGAAUUGGUUACCCAUUUCACAUAUGUCUACAUUUACACCUAGUUUGACUGAGCUAUGAAUCAAUGUUCUAAUCUUCCCCAAACUCGAUUGUGCUAUUUUGCGCUGAAUCACUUAAUCUGGGUGUCUAUUUUUCGAAACGGGGUAUGAGAAUAACCAAUAGAAAAUCUAGAAACCUUUCCGACAGCGUUGGAGGUGUUAUUGUUCGUUAGCUAAGUUUGUGAAUGCACCCAUUUUUUGUUAUAAAAUAUUUCCAGGUUUUUCAAAUCAUCAUGUGUUGCCUCGCAUAGUCAAAUUCGCUCUAGGUGAGACUCCAGCACGUUUUUUUAGCUCAUUUGGAAGGUCUCCUUCAAGUCAGGCUUUGGGCAAAUGCAUCUAAGGCACCUGUAUACUAUACCUGGUUUAUUAAUUUUAAUACUACUGUUUCAACAUAUAUUUGACAAUAAUUGCCAAAAUUUACGAGUGAUGUGUCUGGUCUAUGCAGCAAUUUAUUAUAUUUGUAUGUUUUUAUAGAACGUGAUAUAUUAUCUAAUUGUUAUUACAAAACAAAACUCAGAAUGGAUUUUAUCUAUAUUUGUAAUUAUUGUAUACAUUUUUCGUAGCUGUACAGAAAUUCUAUUGAAAUAAAAUGCGAUUG